AUGCCCAGCAUGGCUAGUCUUCAUCUGCCCCCGUCUGCGGGGAACGCCUCCUCCGACUCGAGCCCCUCGAACCCUCGAUACACGCCCGUUUCCAAUUCCGACGAUGAUUCACUGAUGCAAAGGUCUGGAAAAUCAUCUGCUGGACAGCUGAAGCUGCAGACCGAUUUUGGGGACUCGGUAGAGGUCGGUGGACCCGUCGAGGAAGGCGAUGAGGAGAUUGCGUACGAGUCGGGCGAGGAGCUAGAGGGGAAAAAGGCGAGGAGGAGGACCAAGGCGCCCAAAUAUACUCUUGAUGAGGAAAGAGAGGUUGUGCGGAGCUUCGAUCGGAGAUUAGUGCCGUUUCUGGCUCUUCUCUAUCUCCUCUCUUUCCUGGAUCGGUCCAACAUCGGGAACGCAAAGAUUGCCGGGCUAGAGGAGGAUCUUCAACUCUCGUCUUCGCAGUAUGAAUGGCUGCUGACUGCAUUCUACAUUACGUAUAUCGUCUUCGAGUGGAUGACGCUCAUGUACCGACUCGUCCCGCCGCAUAUUUACAUCUCCCUCUGCGUUUUUGGCUGGGGAAUAGUGGCUUCGUUUCAAUGUCUAGCUACCUCGUUCGAGGGCUUAGUUGUUCUGCGCGCUUUGCUCGGAAUCACAGAAGCUGCAUUUGGACCGGGGGUUCCUUUUUACCUGUCGCUUUUCUAUAAGCGUCAGGAAUUGGCCCUCCGAAAUGGACUAUUCAUUUCUGCGGCGCCAUUGGCAACUUCGUUUGCCAGUAGUCUCGCGUGGGUGAUAGUCAAAUGCAGCAACGAUGGUCCCAUCUCUCCGUGGCGUAUCCUCUUCCUGGUAGAGGGGUUCCCGAGUGUGAUCGUCGCUGUUUUUGCCUGGGCGAUCAUUCCUGAUUCUCCUGGUCGUGCACGAUUUCUCACUCGUCGGCAAAGAGUCGUGGCUAGACUGCGUCUCGAGGAGAACAAGCCAAACUAUCAGAAUGCGCCAGAGAAGCGUUUCAAUUGGCGCGAGAUUGUCAAGACGGCUUCAGAUCCCAAGGCGUACAUGGCUGCUUUCAUGUUCUUCAGCUGUAACGUUGCGUUCAGCUCAAUGCCAGUCUUUCUACCCACCAUAAUCAAAGACAUGGGCUACUCAUCUCUCCACUCCCAAGCUCUGUCUGCCCCACCAUACCUAUUCGCCUUCAUAGUGGUCCUCAUAACAGCCUACUUCUCCGACCGCACACGCACUCGCAGCACCUACCUGAUAGCCCAUGCCCUACUCUCCUCCCUCUCCUACCUCUGCAUCGCCUUAACAGGCUACUUCCACACCCACCUGACCCCGUCCCUACACACCUUCAUCCGCUAUAUCUGCGUCUACCCAGCCGUGGCGGGCUUUUUCUCGGCUAUUACCUUGAUCAUCACCUGGUCAAUGGACAACAGGACUGAAAAGGAAGGUAAAGGUGCUAGUAUUGCCAUUUUGAAUAUCAUUGGCCAGUGCGGGCCGCUGCUUGGGACGAGACUGUAUCCGCAGAGUGAUGGACCAUGGUACGUGAAGGGCAUGGCGGUUUGUUCUUUCUUUAUGCUGGUUGUUGCUGUUUUGGCGGUUGGGUUGAGGGUGCUUUUGCAACGCGAGAACCGAGUCCAGGCUGGAUCGCUGGAUGGUGCGAAGGGAAGGGAGAGGGAUGGGCUUAUGGGUGGCGGGCGGAGGAGUGAUUUAGAGGGACACACUGGUAACCAGAGACUUGUAUAUAUUAUUUGA